AUGAUUUAAUAAUCUGGCAUUUCAUUUUAAGGUCGACAAACUUAAUUGAAAGAUCACAUCGUCAUGCUCGAAUAGAGAGCAUAAGAAAUAAAUCAAGACAUUAAGAAAGUAUAAAAACAUUUCAAUAAUAGAAAAGGAAAACUCAAGGAAGUCAGGACAGGCAAAUCAAAUUAAAAACUCUUCAAAAUCAAAUUGAUAAAAUGAAAUAGUUGAGUGAAGAUCUUUAGAACUUAGUCAUUGAUGUAAUUACAUGUUUCUAAUUCUAUUUUAGGAUUAGAAAUGGUAAAAAUUGAUGAUCCUCCUUGACAUCAUGUACUAAAACUUGGAUAAUCCAGAACAUGAAUAAGAGAUCAAUCAAGUACAUAGAAUUACCAUUAAUUAGUUAAUCAGUCAAUUGUACUAAACUAAAAGCGUGCAAAUUGCAUGGAAUGAUAGAAUCUUGUAAUCCAAUAGAUCAAUAAUUGAGCCUUUUGAUUAAAAAGCUGCAACUCAACAGGCUUAAUUGGUAGAUUAAAAUUCUGCUGCAUAUAAAAUCAAAAUGAUGGACUUUAGCUACAAUGAUAGGCCCUAGAAAAAUGAUUAUUAUUAGCCUCCAACUUUCAAAGAAAAAUUGAAUUUAAAUAGUUUGCUACCUAAAUACAAAAUGCUACCCCAUUCAGUAUUCAGUUAAUUAAGCUGCGACACUUUGUUCUAUGUAUUUUAUUAUCAUAAAGAACCGACUGAAUAAUUAAUGGCAGCAAGAGAAUUAAUUAAAAAUCAGUGGAUCUACAACACAAAACACGGAUACUGGAUGAAGAAAGACAAGCAUUAUUAAUAUGUAAUUUAAUGAGUAUAUAUUAGAAGGAUGAGGAAAACGAGAAAGUUAUCAAAGGUCCUUUCUUCUAUUUUGACUGCGAAGCUAAAUGGUAACAGAAAAAGAAACCUGACUUUUCGUUUAAGAAAAAACACAUAUUACAAUACGAAUUAAUUUAGUGA